GCUGACACAGUUCUGGAGGUGAUAAGAUUAUCUUACCUGGCCGCUGACAUCCACUUCCACAUACACACCGUGCUACACUCCAGCUUUCUGGAAGACAUACACGAUGACCAGCGAUGGCAAAGAUUCACAACCCAAGCUGAGUUACAUCCACAGACCGUCCAACAGGAUCUACGAUUGUAGUAUUUUGCCGGAUCAUCUUGAGAAAUGGAUAAAAGUCAACCCGGAUGGCGACGCUUUAGUGAUGUACACACAUUCCGGAAAUCGACGCCGUCUCACCUUCCGCCAAUACCACAUACAGUCCAUGAAAGUGGCCGCAGGUCUUCUUCAAUUAAAACUAUCUCGCUUCGACCGUGCCUUGAUCUUGGUUCCUAACAGCUGCGAAUUUCUCGUCAUUCAAAUGGCAUGUGCAAGAAUUGGCGUCUUUGCGCUGUUCAUGAAAUAUGGGGCCUCUCCUGAAGAGGUUUCACUAAUGGCAUCGAAGUACAAGUGUGCGGCAAUCAUUGUCCAGACAUAUGAGGGGAAGGAGAGUUACGGACGAAGUGUAGUUAAUGCGUGCCAGAGAAUGGAACCGGAUAGAAAUGUUCGACUCAUUGUCUGUGUUGACUUCGAUGGUGGACCAAAGACUUCCCAGUACCGCGCCCUGCUUGGCAGCGAUCCCCAAUAUCUUUCUGAGAGUGAUGAGUCAGCAGUUCGUGCUGCGCAGGCGCAGGUCCAGAUGGAAGAUCCAAUGGUAGGCACCUUGACAUCGGGUACAACUGGCGAGCCGAAGGUGGUCUCUGCAAACCAUUUCCAAUCCAUUCUGCGGGCCUUCUGUGUCGGAGAAAGAUGUCUGAUCAACACCGAGUCCCGAUACCUUAACGAACGACCAUUUUCCUGGGUUGGUGGACUGCUGCUUGGCGUGCUUCCUGUCUCCGUGGUGGGAAUCACACUCGUCUCCAUGGACCCGGAGAUAUCGGUGAAGAAGGCAGACACACAACUCGUCAUGAAGAUCCUACAGGACGAAAGGUGCACCCAUUUUCUUGCGAUGCCUUACAUGAUGCAUGACUUCAUUCACUGUGACGUCGCCCAUCACUUUGACCUGUCGAACUUGAAAUACGCAUUCACCGGGGGACAACCCAUUAUGAAAGAGAUGGUAGAAAACUUUUUAAAGAAACAUCCACAGAUGCAAUUGCUCCAAGGCUAUGGUUCUUCAGAAAACACGUCAGUGAGCACUCAGACGAGAACGACUGACACCAUAAACGACCCUGGGUUUGGUUAUCUCGAGCUCGCUCCCGAUUUUGAAGCCAAGAUUGUGGGUGAAGACGACCGUAUUGUUGCCCGCGGCGUCAUGGGGGAACUGUGGCUGAGGAGCGCUAUGCACGUCACGGGUUACCUGGACAACCCUGAGGCAACUGCUCGGGCUUUCACCCCUCUCCGUUGGUUUAAAACCGGGGAUAUGAUGGUGAUGGACGAGCAGGGUCACAUCAGGCCCGUGGGGAGGGUGGCGGAUUCCAUUAAAAGGGCCACGGUUCUCAUCCAACCGGCAGAGAUAGAAAACGUCCUUGUUCGACAUUCAAAGGUCAGCGAAGUAUUUGUUGUGGGCGUCCCGGAUGAGAGGCUGUACGAGGAGUUGUGCGCUUGCAUCAAACUGAAUGCAGGGGAUACAUCUGAAGAGGCUGAUUUGCAAGAAAUAGAGUUGUGGUGUGGAGAAAUCUUUUUACCCGGUCCAGAUGGUCUAACGCUUGCACCUCGAUAUUUCCUAUCUUUCAAAGACUUUCCAAAGACAACUACCGGAAAGCUGAACCGUCGAGAGUUAGCGGCAGAGGCCACCAAAAUAUUGGGUCUUAAUUAAGGGACGCUAUUUAACAUAUUUUCACUUCUGAAAAUUAUGUGCUGGUAUACGUUUAAGAUAUUUCAUGCAGUCUUAUAAACAAAGGUUUCAUUAGUGAAAGUACAAAUGUCAGAGAUGGCGAUUUUCUGGUUAUUUUACGUUCUUGUACGAAAGCAAAUAAAACAAU